AUGUUUGCGGAGAUAACUCAAUCAGGAAUAAAGGUUACAUAUUCUGAUUGCGCUGGAAUUAAUGAUAUUCCGGAACAGAUUGGACCCGUAAUUGAUGAGGCUGGUGACAUUCACUACUUCAGCAAAAUUCAUAAUAGCGACCACACCGCGCAGUAUUGGUUGAAGAGGUUGGGUCAGAGUUUGGCAAAGCAUUUGGCCUAUGCCUACGAGGUGAAUGUUGACAAAGGUAUUAUUAUUUUCGAAUAUGCGUUAUUUUCGGUCGCCCGGUUUUUGCAUAAUUCACAUGCAUUCUUAAUCGCGGAUAUAGAUCGAGCUGUCUUGACGGAUUUUCCGGAAGGAUACUUGAUGUUUAAACACGAGAAAGUGUACAAAGACGAGGAAAAAACGAGACACUCGAUAUACAAAUCCACGAACGCCUUUAUGCCCCACCUGUUUUGGUUGGCAUCUGACAAGUCGAACAAAUGCAAGUGUCGUUUUUGCGCAUGCAAUAAAAUGGAAGAAGAACCAUUGUUGACGGUUUCGCCGCGAACAAAAAAUAUUGGAGGUGCUCGCAGUAAAAAUGGUGCAAAACGUAAAAAUAAAGUUAAAGGAAUCAUCGAUUUUGGAAAGCUGGAAUUCAUGAACUUUGAGAGGAAACAACAAGGCAUCACAACGAUUUAUAGGUGCGGUGAGAUCGUGUGGGUGGAUAUUAAGAAGAUGGGAGAUGAAAAAUUAACACUGCUCGCCGGAAAAUCACUCGAAGAGAUUGACAUCACAUACUGGCCAGGGAUUAUAUUAAACCGACUGAGAACGAGAACGCGUUUAUCCAACGAAUCUGAUGAUUCGACGUCAAAAGUCUCCGACAAUAAUUCAAUGACAAUUGAUGGCUCAAGUAUGGACUGUGAGAUCAUUGAUGAAGUUGGGAUGUCUGAUGCAUCCUUUUUGUUCAGCUCAGCAUCAAAAAUCGAUGAAAGGAUCAUGCCAACUUCAGAUGACAAUUCGGCAUAUAACGAUUGCUAUGUGCUAAUCCCUACGAUAAAUUGCUCUCAACAUUCUUAUCCAAUCAAUGACUCUUCAAGUCUCAACGAAGAUGAAUUCCUUGUGCCUGAUUCUUUCUCGACUUCAAAUGUAUCGGUCACAAGAAAAUGCGAUGUUCGAUGCCACAAGGUUGUCUAUCAAGUCGAAUUAUUAAGAAUGUCGGAGAAAUUGGAGUUAGAUCGUGAGAUGCUUUCUCCUUGGUUAGCCCAUCGACCGGAUGUUCCAGAAGGAAUGGAAUCAGAUUGCGACACAGACAAAGAAGACGACGAAUCACUAGCAAGGAAAUAUAACGGUGCCAUUCGAGAGGCAAAGUUAUUCUCUCAAUCAUAUACGACGUUGAAUGCAUAUCAAGAAGAUGUGACGGAUUAUAAUGAGGUGGUAGAGAUGCUAAAACCGAACGAGAGAAAACGAUUGAAGGAUAAAGUCAUACACUUCGAAGCCAUCCUCUUUGGGAACGAAUUAUUUUGCAUUGAUGACAUAAUACGAUUAACACCGUGCGACACAGAAAAUCCAACUUACGAGGAUUACCCGGAUCCGCAGUAUAUUUAUUUGAAGGACAUUCGUGAAACGGACAAUGGCAUACAGCUUGUCGGAGACGGGUUAGUUCGAAGAAAGUUGGUCAAUGAAAAUGAAGCUCGGUUUAUUACUGAUUAUGAGUGGUACCGGAUCAAUUUGCCGGAGGAGGAGUACACAAUAGAUUUGGGAGAAGUGGCAGAUUCUACCCUGGAAUGGGUGGAUUGGAUGGAUAGCCUGAUUAUCGAGGACAUCUUUCAAAAAGAGAAUAUCACAUUUUAUCCCUACAACGACUUCAACGAUCUGAAAGUUGUGGGCAGUGGUUCAGGCGGGAACGUGUGCAAAGCAACUAUGCGCAACUUACGGAAAAAUGUGGUCCUUAAGCCUAUCUCUUUAUCAAGGGAAUAUUCGCACAAGGAUCUGAUAUAUGAAAUAAAGCGUUAUCGACAGUUGGAAGUACACGGAAAUAUCUUGAAAUUAGAAAAAAUGAUUGUCAAGAAAGAGAUUCUCGAACUGCAACAACUUUAUGAAAAUUUUCUAGAUCAAAACUCUUACACAUACCUGGUUGUUUUCGAAUACUCCGACGGUGGUUCCCUUCGUCAAUUUCUGAAGGAAAAUUCCGAAACGAUUAGUUGGCAUACAAAAUUACAACUUUCAAAACAGCUUGCUGGUGCGCUGAUGUGUUUGCACAGUAAUGGCAUUGUUCACGGAAGUUUGAACUCGAGCAAGGUCCUUGUUCAUAAAGGGAAAAUCAAAUUAAAUCCGUUCGGAAUCGUCAGACGUGUAAAUGAAUCAAAGAAGUUGAUUGAAAAAUUGAUAGGUCCCAUUCAAUAUGCUGACCCUCAGUACCUGGAAAUUCUGAAAUCUGUUGGUUGCAAGAAAAGCGUGGAUAUUUAUAGCCUUGCGAUCUUAUUUUGGGAAAUUUCAAGUUCCGGGGAACCUUAUAAGUCCGAAUUAAGAUCAAGAUACAGUCUUAUCGACGAUAUAUGUAAUGGCCGGAGGGAGAUUAUUUCCGAUGAAGUUCCUCGAGAGUAUUCGAAAAUAUGCCAAGAUUGUUGGCAGCAUAAUGAAAAUCAUCGUCCAAAUAUUGAGCAAGUAUUUGAAGCACUUGACAACGUUGACACGAAAAACAAACGAAAAUCUCUGAAUUCCGGAAAAAAUAGAAGUUUCGAAAGUAAUCUUUCUAAAAUUGCCAAAUAUGAUCCACCAUUUAUUGAUGUGUCCGAUUGGAUUGAUGGCUUUUUGAAGGAUCUGUUCGAGUUUUUUAUCGAGCAGUUCAACAAGCAAAACCACCCAAAGUACGUGGCGCAAUUAGUUAGAAAAUAUAUUGACGAUCAUAAUAAGAAUCCUGCCAAAGUCUUGAUUAUGAUGUUUAAACAGCAACGUCUCUACCUGACAAGCUUGAUCGGGCUAUUUUACCAAUUUGGAAUAGGAACUUUGGUAGAUUCACAGAUAGCUUUCGAAAUGUAUGCUCAGGUGAUAAAGAGCAUGAGUAUUAGGGAAUCACCGCUCGAUUCAUUUGAAAUAAACAAUCGGUUAAUAAGCGAAUUUUCGAUCGGAUUCAUGUAUUUGUUUGGAACAGGAGUCGAACAGGACCAAAUUAAAGCAUUUCAAGUAUUUUCGAAAUUAUCCGAUGAAGGAUUCGCGCUGGCAAAAGCAUACCUGGGGGAAUGCUUCGAGCGCGGAUAUGGUACUAACUGGAAUGCUACCAAAGCUUUGGAAUUAUACUCCGAAUCGGCCGAGACGGGAAGUAUAGUAGGAAAGACUUACCUUGAUUAUUGUUACAUGAAUGGUAUAGGGAUUUCCAAGGAUGUGACAAAGGGAUUUGACAU